AUGAUUGAUAAAACAAAGGUAGAGAAAUCUGAAACCAAAGCUACAGAGCUGGAAAAAAAGCUGGAUUUAGAGUUAACAGCCCGACAUGAGCUACAGGUGGAAAUGAAAAAGAUGGAAAGUGACUUCGAGCAGAAGCUCCAGGAUCUUCAGGGAGAAAAGGAUGCAUUGGGUUCUGAAAAGCAACAGAUUGCCACAGAGAAACAGGACCUGGAAGCAGAGGUGUCUCAGCUCACAGGAAAGGUUGCCAAGCUGUCCAAGGAAUUGGAAGAUGCUAAGAAAGAAAUGGCUUCUCUCUCUGCUGCAAUUACUGCUGUACCCCCUCCCAGCAGUGCUACUGUCCCCCCUGCCCCUCCUCUGCCUGGUGACUCUGGCACUGUAAUUCCCCCACCACCACCUCCCCCUCCUUUACCUGGGGGUGUUGCUAUCCCCCCACCUCCUCCUCUGCCUGGGGGUGCUGCCAUUCCCCCACCCCCUCCUUUACCUGGGGGUGCCGCCAUCCCCCCACCCCCUCCUUUACCUGGGGGUGCUGCCAUCCCCCCACCCCCUCCUUUGCCUGGGGGUGCUGCCAUCCCCCCACCUCCUCCUCUGCCUGGGGGUGCCGCCAUCCCCCCACCCCCUCCUCUGCCUGGGGGUACCGCCAUCCCCCCACCUCCUCCUCCCUUACCUGGUGGACCAGGAGGGCCGCCUCCCCCUCCCCCUCUUCCUGGUGGCACUGGAAUCCCCCCACCCCCUCCAUUUCCUGGAGGCCCUGGCAUUCCUCCACCGCCACCAGGAAUGGGUAUGCCUCCACCUCCCCCUUUUGGAUUUGGAGUCCCUGCAGCCCCAGUUCUGCCAUAUGGAUUAACUCCAAAGAAGCUUUAUAAGCCAGAGGUACAGCUCCGGAGGCCAAACUGGUCCAAGUUUGUUGCUGAGGACCUUUCCCAGAACUGCUUCUGGACUAAGGUGAAGGAGGACCGCUUUGAGAACAAUGAACUUUUCGCCAAACUUACCCAUGCCUUCUCUGCCCAGACCAAGACAUCAAAAGCCAAAAAAGAUCAGGAAGGUGGAGAAGAAAAGAAAUCUGUGCAAAAGAAAAAAGUAAAAGAGUUAAAGGUGUUGGAUUCAAAAACGGCCCAGAAUCUCUCUAUCUUUUUGGGUUCCUUCCGCAUGCCCUAUCAAGAGAUUAAGAAUGUCAUCCUGGAGGUGAAUGAGGCUGUUCUGACUGAGUCUAUGAUCCAGAACCUUAUUAAGCAGAUGCCAGAGCCAGAGCAGUUGAAGAUGCUUUCCGAAAUGAAGGACGAAUAUGAUGAUCUGGCAGAGUCGGAGCAGUUCGGCGUGGUGAUGGGCACUGUGCCCCGCCUGCGGCCUCGCCUCAAUGCCAUCCUCUUCAAGCUGCUGUUCAAUGAGCAGGUGGAGAACAUCAAGCCGGAGAUUGUUUCCGUGACUGCCGCAUGCGAGGAGGUGCGGAAGAGCGAGAGCUUCUCUAGCCUCCUGGAGAUUACCCUGCUGGUCGGCAACUUUAUGAACGCUGGUUCCAGGAAUGCCGGCGCUUUCGGCUUCAACAUCAGCUUCCUCUGCAAGCUUCGAGACACCAAAUCCACAGAUCAGAAGAUGACAUUGUUGCAUUUUUUGGCUGAGUUAUGUGAGAAUGACUAUCCUGAUGUCCUCAAGUUUCCAGAUGAGCUUGCCCAUGUGGAGAAAGCCAGCCGAGUUUCUGCUGAAAACUUGCAAAAGAAUCUAGAUCAGAUGAAGAAACAAAUUUCUGAUGUGGAACGUGAUGUUCAAAAUUUCCCAGCUGCCACAGAUGAGAAAGACAAGUUUGUUGAAAAAAUGACUAUAUCCUUUCUUGAAAGGAAGGAGUUGCCCCCUAGCAAGGGAUAG